UCAAAAAAAAAAAAAAAAUUGCAACCAUGGCAUCGGGUACUCCAACAAUGGAUAAUGGAGGAAAUGCAGGUACGCUGCAACGUAAUUAUGGGAGUGGCGGAUCUGCACGUGAUUACGAUGGUCUUAAGCAACAAUGCGAUAAGGCAAUGAGUGAGCUAACAUUAUUACGUCGCCAGCAUAGUGAUACAGCACGACGAUGUGAUCAUGCUAUGAAAGAGCUGGAUUAUUAUCGUGGACAACAUAGAGCAGCUAUGAAUCAAUUAGAAGCUUCAGCACAAGAAUCAGCAGCGUUACGAAAUAAAUAUGCAGAAAUUGCGGGUGAAAAACAGCGAUUAGAACGAGAUGUGCAAGAGUUGCGUCAACAAUUAUCGGAUAUUCAUUGUCAUCAAGGCGAAGAUUAUUCAAAUCAAGAUAAUGCUAACGCCGAUACAGGUGGUUUCUUAGUUACACGUUCAUCAUCGCGUCGUCAACCAACAGAAACCGAUUCGUAUGAAGCCUUACGAAAACGCUACGAAGAAUUAUUAUCCGCACAUAGUGCUGCCGUUGGUAAAUUAGAAAUUGCACAAGAUGAAGUAGCUCGUUUAAAUAAGCAGUGUGAUGAAUUAACCGAAGAAAUUAAUAACGCUGUCCGUGAACGUAACGGAUUAAAACAAAAAUGUACAGCGGCAAUACGUCAAUGGGAUAUUGCGUUACAUGAACGUAACGAAUAUCGUGAUGCGUUAGGUGCUGCACAAGCACAACGUGAAGAAGCUGUUCAAGAAUUGAGUCAAGCAAUGGCUGUACGAAUGAAAGCUAGUAAAGAUAUUAAACGUUUAACAGAUGAACGUAAUUCUGCGAUACAAGAAUAUGCUUUAAUUAUGAGUGAAAGAGAUACAGUCCACAAAGAAAUGGAAAAAUUAAGUGACGACCUAACACAAGCACUGGAAAAAACAAAAACUUUAGAAAAUGAAAAUAAACAAUUGACAGAAGAUAAACAAGCUUUAAGCUAUCAAAUGGAAACAUUAAGACGUGAAAUAGCUUCAGCAUUACACGAUCGUGACAAAGCCCUCAAAGAGUGUAACGAUUUACGAGAAAAAUUCGGUGGCUACACACUUCAAUUAUCACAUGAUCAUAAUUCACGCGAUCUACUAAAAUCUCGCUUAGAAUUUGUUGGAACUCAUCCAGGAGAGAAUGCUACUCGAAAAGAGGUUGUACAUGAUUCCAGGAGUUUAACUCAAGGUGAUCGUCGUCCUGAUACGUUAGAUCAAGCCACACAAGAAAUUGAAUCGUUACGAAAAGCUUUGGAUGAAAUUCGUUCGGAGUUAACGGAAGCUACACAAGAAGCCGAAGUGUCAAAACGAAGACGUGAUUGGGCAUUUAGUGAGCGUGAUAAAAUUGUGCUAGAAAGGGAAAGUAUACGAACAUUAUGUGAUCGUUUGCGUAAAGAACGUGAUCGGGCUGUUAGUGAGUUAGCGGCUGCUUUGCGUGAUUCCGAUGAAAUUAAAAAACAGCGCAACGAAGCAUGUCGCGAGUUAGCACGGUUAAAAGAUAGUGUAGAAUCGCGACAAGAAACUCAUCAUCAUAGACAACAAUUCCGAAAUCAUUCUCGAGAUUCGGCUAUUGAUACCGACAUGCAAGAAUGGGAGACUGAAAUAUUAGAUAUGGAUUUAUCUGGACUAGCUUCAGAUAGUUCUUUAGGAUUGGAACUUGCUGGAGGGAGUGAUGAUACACAACGACCUAACGAUACGGGUAUAUAUGUAGCAGCUAUUGCUCCAGGUUCCAUCGCAGAUGGAAAAUUAAAGGUCAAUGAUUGCAUAGUCCGAGUAAAUCAUUUAGAUUGUGGAAGAGUUUCACGUCGAAUGGUGCUAGAAGCUGUACGAGCAAGUUUACCUCGAGCACACUUAGUUGUACGUCGUCGAAGACAAGGAAAUACGCCCCGUCGCAUGCUUGAAGGAAUACGAACAACGCAGCUAGCAGCCCUCCACCAUGGGUUAACCUUAGAAACUGGGGUUUAUGUAAGUAAAAUUAAUCCAGGGAGCUUAGCAGCAAAAGAAGGUACCAUUUCCGUCGGAGAUCGUGUUCUGGGUAUCAAUAAUAAAAGUAUGGAAGGUUUAAAGAACGUUCAAGAAGCUAUGUCGAUUUUAAACGACGAUCGGUGUGAUAUAAUUACGAUAACUACUCUUUCAUCGAAUCUAAGUCUAAAUAGUGACGAUAGUUCAUUUCCAACCAAAGAUGGACAUCAUCAUCAUCAUAAAAUGGUGAAUCGAUGUUCUCAAACUGAAGAUCUCACCACUAAACAUUAUAGCGAUAACGAUUUUAUUGAUCGGCGUUAUUUAGUACCAAGUACAAUUGGGCAUGGAUCUGUUUACAAAGUUUCUAAGACUACUGGAGGGUCAUCAUCUUCAGAGAAAAAUAACACUGGUGGAACGUGGGAUAUAAUUCGAGAAAAAAUUGACCUAGUUCGUGGUCGAAAACACAGUAAGGAUAAAGAAGAUAAGAAAAAAUACCGAAAUAGUUCACCGAGUCAUGAUCAAGAACAAGAUGCAAUCGCUGAAUUAGAUUCGGUUAUUGAAUCUUAUCAUCGAAAAUCAUCGUCGUCUGGUGGAAAUAACUCAAGUAAUAUACCUGGAGUUUUAAAACGUUCAAAGCGUCGUGGCAAGGAGUUAACGGUGCAAGAAAAAAAUGGUGGAACAUGGCCGAAAGCUCGGUCACAAAAUAUUUUACAAAAUCCCACGGGGACGAUUAUUAACACUCGAAAAAAAGAACGUGCUCCUAUUUCGAUGUUUCUAACGGAUUCAUCACCGAUUCCAACGACUAAACAUUGUUGUGAUCGAAACUCAAACCCAAUUUCCGUUGAAAACAAUUUGAACCGUCAUGUGGCGUACAAAAGUAUGGAUAAUCAUCAAAAUUUUGAUCAAGAUAAUCGCCUCAGUACAAUUCUACAUUCGGAUAAUAGUAUUGAUUACUCGUUAAAACCACCGGGUGGACCUGGUGGAAUGGAAAAAGAAUUUUUAGAUUAUUAUAUUAAGAAAAAUUCUGGUAAACCAAGUGGGGUUGGUAGUAAUAAGUAUACAACGAGUGAUUCUGAUUCAAAUGCUGGACCUGAUAGUUUAUCAAGCGUUGCUGGAGGUGGAAGUAAUAUACGACCACAUUCUCAGCUUUAUCCAAUCGGUGUCCCGCGGUAUCCUCCUUUUUACCCACACCCACAUCCCCAUCCUCAUAUACCACGAUUACCUAGUUCUCAAUCUGGGGAGUCUUUUUGCUUUGAGCCACCUACUCAUCAUUGGCAUCAUGCCCAUAGCCCAUCAGAGGGAGGUGGCGUAAUUAUACCAUGGCAACAUCGUACAGCAACAACGGGCUCAACACCAGUUAGUGGAAACGUUCCCCCACCACCAAUGGAAAGUGGAACAUUUCCACGAAAACGGGAGAAUCAACGCUUUCGUAUACCAUCAAAUCCAAGUGUAGCUGGCAGCAUUGAACGUACAUCGGAACGAGCGUCUCCAAUGCCUACAUUUCAUGUGGAAGUGUUAAGUGGUGGACGUGGUCGAAAGACACAUGAUUAUUCGUCAUGGAAUCAUCAUCGACCCGAACCGGGGGAGUUACGUCGUGUACAUAUUGAUAAAUCACAAGAACCAUUAGGAAUACAAAUUCAAUGUUUAGAUAGUGGUGGAGUGUUUGUGUCGACGGUGAGUGAACACAGUUUAGCAAGUCAAGUGGGAUUACAAAUCGGUGAUCAGCUGUUGGAAGUGUGUGGUAUUAAUAUGCGUAGUGCAACGUACCAAUUGGCUGCAAAUGUUUUACGGCAAUGUGGUAAUUCGAUUACGAUGUUGGUUCAAUACAGUCCAGAUAAAUAUCAUGAAUUAGAUGGUACGGCAUCUGGUUCAAGUUCUGAUGAAGAUGAUGAUCCAGAUAAUGAUCACGAUGAGCACGGUGGUGAUGAACAUGGAGAUCAUCAUGGUGACCAUCAUGAACCAGAUCGUGAUCAUGAUGCAGACGGUGAUGAAGAAGAAGAGGAAGCAACACCACGUAAUACCCCGCGUCCACAACGGAAACCAUCAAAUGGUGAUUCAACAUUAACACGUAGUCAAAUUUCACACGCGGUUUCAACAUUACAACGACAUAAAGUUUCUGUACGAAAUCCAACAGAAGAACCACCAAUAAAACAAUCACAAAAUCUACAUGAACCCCGAUUUCUAUUUAUUGAAACACGAAAAUGUUCAAAUUUAGGGAUUAGUUUAGUGGGUGGCAAUGCAGUUGGUAUAUUUGUUCACAGUGUUCAACCAGAUUCAUUAGCACAUAAUGCUGGCUUACGGACUGGUGAUCAAAUAUUAGAAUAUAAUAAUGUUGAUCUACGACACGCUACUGCAGAGGAAGCUGCUUAUGAAUUGGCAAAACCGGCUGAUAAAGUAUCAGUGUUAGCACAUUAUAAUUUAGAUAGAUACAACGAAAUCAAAGACAAACCAGGUGAUAGUUUAUAUGUACGAUGUGGAUUCGAUCGUGGACUAUCUGAUACAGGAUCUAGUGGCACUGAUGGAGGUUUACAUUUACGUUUUAACAAAGACGAUGUAUUAUAUGUUGAUAAUACAAUGUUUAAUGGUGUUCCUGGUAAUUGGCGGGCAUGGCGUUUAGAUAGCGAAGGACGUCGACACCAGUGUGGUAUUAUACCUAGUAAAUAUAAAGUUGAAGAAGAAUUAUUGUUACGUCGCAGUUUAGGUGAUCUUGAAGGACGUGGAUCAACAACAGCUCGACGUAGUUUUUUUAGACGUAAGAAAAAUACACGUGGUGGUUCGGGUCCAUCAAAUCGUGAUAGUAAAGAAUUAGCAAGCUUCUCAAAUCACACAUUGGGUUGGUAUUCGGAUAGUGGGACAUUACAUGAGGAUAAUGCGUUAUGUUCGUAUCAACGUGUCGAACGAUUAGAUUAUCCAGUAUAUCGUCCAGUAUUAAUUUUGGGUCCAUUAGCUGAUGGUGUUGCUGAUAAAUUAGUAACAGAUUUUCCAGAUCGUUUUAAGCGAUGUACUCCUGAAAUACGACAUUGUCCACAAAGUGCGUUGGAUCAAGAGCUUGCUGAUAAUUUGAUUAUAGAUUUUCGACGUAAAGGCAAUUAUUUUGAAUGUUCAACAGUCAAUGCGAUUAAAUCAAUUUGUGAUAAGAAUUGCCAUUGUAUCCUGGACAUAUCAGUGACAUCUGUUGAACGAUUACAUCGACAUCAAAUCUACCCAAUAGUGUUAUUAAUAAAAUUUAAAAGUACAAAACAAAUAAAAGAAGUGAAAGAUACUCGUUAUCCAUUGGAUAAAGUAUCUGCGAAAGCAGCAAAAGAAAUGUAUGAACAUGGUUUGAAGUUAGAAGCUGAAUAUCGACAUCGGAUAUCAGCCGUUAUACCAGCUGGCGUAAAUAUUGCGUAUAUGUGUACGCAAGUGAAAGCAGCCGUUGAUGCUGAACAGAAUAAAAGUUUAUGGGUGCCUUUUCAUGGAAUUUGAAAAAAAAAACCAAUUAAAAAGUAGAUUUUUAUACAAAAAGAGCGUUUUUUAAAAAGAAAAUAUGACAUGUCUGUCACGUAUGUGCGUAAAGUACUCGAUGAGCACUAUACUCCUCGAUUUUUAUUAAUACUCGACGAUUAUUACGUGACAACAAUAUAUAUUGAUUUUAAUUUCUA